AUGACUGGAGUACAGAGACAAGUGUACUCUAUAAGGUUCAAGAAGAGUGCUAUUGAUCAACAAAUAUUGCAAUAUGGACGUAAACUCGAUGAGCAGGGUGCUAGGAUCAUUGAUUUAUCACCCGAUGGCUUCUUCAAGCAUGUUCAAGCAAUUGUACCCGAUGGUAUUGACGUAGGAAGACUGGACGCUGAUAAGAUAAUUGAGAGCAUAAAGAAGAGCAGCCUUUAG